AUCCAUGGCAGGAGUUAACAGGAAGAUAUCGGCUGCGUCAGCGAGGGCUCACACCAGAAAAUCAAAGCAAAAUAGCUCAUUUCAGCUUCCUUCAGCAUUUUCAGGAUUGUUUAAGAAAGUAUCAGUGGUCUUGUUGAUUGGGUUUCUGGCAUGGGCUUAUCAAGCCAUCCAAACUCCACCACCCAAGAUCUGUGGCUCUCCAGACGGUCCACCUGUUACCGCUCCUAGAAUUAGACUCAAGGAUGGAAGGCAUUUGGCCUACAGAGAGAACGGUGUCCCGAGAGCUAAGGCCAAGUAUAAGAUUAUCUGGGUUCAUGGCUUCGACUCUUGCAGACAUGACGUGAUGGAGCUAUCUCCGGAAAUAACUGAAGAAUUAGGCAUAUACUUGCUGUCCUUUGACAGAGCGGGUUAUGGCGAGAGUGAUCCCAAUCCAAAGCGAUCGGUGAAAAGUACAGCUCUGGAUAUAGAAGAGCUCGCUGAUAAGUUGGGACUGGGAUCCAAAUUCUACGUAAUUGGGUUUUCAAUGGGCGGCCAAGUGGUUUGGACCUGCCUCAAGUACAUUCCUCACAGGCUUGCAGGUGCUGCACUAGUUGCUCCGGUUGUCAAUUACUGGUGGCCUGGCUUGGCCACCAAUUUAACUGAAGAAUCUUAUAAACAACAACUACCGCAGGACCAAUGGUCACUAAGGGUUGCGCAUUAUACCCCAUGGCUGACCAACUGGUGGAACACUCAGAGAUGGUUUCCUGCUUUAAGUCUUUUAUCCCAUUCCACUGAGAUUCUCUCUCGCCAAGAUAAAGAGUGUAUACCCAAGUUUGCAAAGAGAACAAAGUACAUGGCACAGGUCAGGCAGCAAGGGGAAUUUGAAUCCCUGUUCCGUGACUUAAUCAUUGGCUUUGGAAAUUGGGAAUUUGAUCCAAUGAAACUAGAAAAUCCAUUUCCAGACAAUGAAGGUUCUGUCCAUUUAUGGCAGGGAGAUGAGGACAUGCUUGUACCGGUUACCCUGCAGCGCUAUAUUGCUGGAAAGCUCCCAUGGAUUCACUAUCAUGAGCUUCCAGGUUCAGGUCACUUGUUUUCUUGCAUAGAUGCUAUGAAUGAGGCCAUUGUAAAGGCACUAUUGCUUGGAGAGAAGUAGGCCACCAAAGAUGCAAUUCUCUUCUUCCCUCUCGCUUGGGACUGAAUUUUCUUCUAGUUAUAUCCAAUCUUUGUUUGACAAAUUUUGUUUUAAUCUUUAUGGCUUCUGCAAUCUUUUGUCGAAUGAGAAUAGGAUUUUGACCA